GAGAGAAAAGAGAUGCAGAAAGAUAGGAUAACUUCAAAGUGAACAUGAGAGAGAGAAAGAGAGAUGUGUGUUUGGUAUGAGGCAGUAAAUUCUGCUUAACAACCUCCCACAAACCACCUGACACGAGGCUGCGUUGCUAACGGCAACACAGAAGGGAGGAUAAAUGGGAUGAGUAGUGAGCAAGGAUGGUAAAAAUGUUUUGUCUUGUUUUCAUUGGGUGCGCUGACGUAGAUAUCUGUGGGGACAUGAGAGUGAGAGAGUGGAUGCUGAGUGGGCAGGAAUACAAGAACCGAGCAUCCAAUCAUCUGCAGUGAAGUCAGCAUCCCUUUGUCCAAUAGAGUGUGACGAGUCUCCUCCAGUGUGAGGUAACAGCGGUGCUGUCUUAUUAAUGAAUGGAGCGUCUCAGAGGCAGCAAAACAUUGCUUGAGCUCUCUCUCCCUCGCCGGAGGAGACAUCUCAAGAAGACGAGCAAGAGCACUUCUCACCUCGACAGAAACCAACAACAGCAACCAUCCAAAAACAUGAAGAAGCACCAGCAUGAGGAGGAAAGCUCUGAGAGCGAUGGAGAGGAAAGUACUCUUCCUUCUGGAUUGGAGAUCCGCACUUCUUCAUCAUCAUCGAAACUACUCGCACCAUCAGCUUCCCAGCGUCGUUCCAUCUCCAUGGGGGAUUUCAGAAGAGUCCCCGCCGGACAGACGGGCACCGAGCCUUCUUCCUCAGCUGCCACUGCACCUUCUUCCAAACUGGUGACCCCUAGCUCUAGCAUGGAGUUUGAAGCGGCUCGCCGACGCCUCCUUGAGGUGGAGGAGAGGCAGCGUGUCAUCAGGGAAAUGGAGAGUCGUUUAGAGGAGCUCAGGGAGGUGUUCGUGCGCUCCGAGCAGGAGGCCGUCGAACACGGGGAGCUGGUGGCACGCAUCGCUACUGCCGCCCAGCACGGUGAGCUGUAUGCGGCGGAGAACGGCCAGCGGCUGAAGAAAGGGUUGAGGUUUAAGAAGCACAGACCUACUAUAGUGUUCUCCUCAAUGCUUGGACUAAGAACGUGUCUCCCGUGGCCUGUCAAACUCAAAUAACAAAACUGCCGCUGCUUUUUUAGUUCCUCACCGCUGUCACACGUCACAAAACGUCUCUUCAAGAGGAUGCCGCUAGUCAGGAACUGCUCUUUGUCAGUGUAUAAUUGUUAACCGAGAACAUGGUGCUUUAUUUAGGCCGAAAGGCAGCCCAUCAUAAUGGCGCAGGCCUCGUAUUUGCUGCUCAAACCGGAACUGCUGGGAAUUUGAUGUAGUGUGUGUGAACUUUGCUGAUGCUUAGAGCUUUGUGCAUGUGUUACGCUCCACGUUCUGGGGUUUUUUUUGUGGCGAGAAGAUUUUGGUAGUGUGUAAAUGACACGGGAAGAUAAGGGUGCUGUUCCUUCAGUGGAUAUCAGUCAGGUUUGGAUUUUUGUAAUUUGUUCACAAAAAGGAAACCAAAAGGUUUUGCUUGAACUUCCUACUGCAGUCGGUGU